UUCAUCUGCAGAUGCUUCGUCCAUCUAUAUAUGCACGGUCCGUUCGUCCGCCUCGUGCUGAGAACGGAUCGACUUGUGCUUUGAACUUUGUCUAUGAGCACGGGUUCCAGUUGCAUACUUGCAUCCCGUCGAUUCAAAGUCUCUCCGCACGUCGUACGUGCUAGCUAGCCAGAUCCGUCGCAUGCGAGAAGCGGCGGCGGCAUUUGCAGCCCCGUGCGUGGUGUGAGAUGGCGGCGGGAGGCUGGCCCGCGGAGGAUGACGACGACGGAGGGGCCGAGGCUUCGGCGGCGGCGAGCGCGGUGCUGUCCGGGGAGUACCAGGCGCUGGAGACGUCCACGAUGGUGUCGGCGCUGGCCCACGUCGUCUCGGGCGGCGGCGAGUACCCGUGGGCCGGGCGGGGGGAUCCGGCAAUGGCCGGCGGCGGGCAUGCGCAUGCGCAGGGAAGCUACUCGGCUGGCCCACCGGCACCGGUGUUCGCGGCAGGUGUCCUCAUCGACCGUCCACGCACAGGAGAAGAGAAGAGCCACGACGUGCAGGGAGAGGCGGCCAUGGACGAGCACUCGCCGACGGCCGCCGCCGAGGCGGGAGGCGGCGGGCGGCGGUACCGUGGCGUGCGGCAGCGGCCGUGGGGCAAGUGGGCGGCGGAGAUCCGCGACCCGCACAAGGCGGCCCGCGUCUGGCUCGGCACGUUCGAGACCGCCGAGGCCGCGGCGCGCGCCUACGACGAGGCCGCGCUCCGCUUCCGGGGCAGCCGCGCCAAGCUCAACUUCCCCGAGGACGCGCGCCUGGCCACCCCGUCGACCGCCGUCGAAGCUGCCGCGAGCGCCGCUCCCGCGGCGGCGGCGGCCUCUCCGGCGAUGGCUUCGACGGCGGCGUACCCGGCCAGAGCGGUCGCGGAGUACCUGCAGAACCAGAUGAUGUUUCUGCAGGGAGGAGGCCAUGGCGGGUUUCCUCUGUACUAUGGCGACGGCGGGGCUUACGGUGCCAUGAGCAGUUCUUCGGGGUCAUACUCUUGUCCCGCCUCCUCUGUUACUGUGGCUUCGGUGCCGUCCUCUUCAACCUCUGCUCCGGGAUACGGCGAGGCGGCGCAGUGGACCUGGCCGGAGAGCGCGUGGAGCUAUCCGGCGACCACGGACUCUUGGUCUGGUUCAAGCUACUAUCCACCGCCACCUCGUCCUCCUCAAUAGGCCAUACUCCAUACCACUUGCAUGAUCCUUUUUUUUCGUCUAAAGAAAUAGUUGCUUUUCCUGGUGAAGAUGAUUUUGUUCAAGAUGCCUCCGUGCAAGAAUCCAGCCAAGGCUGCACGAUGACAUUUGUGUGUUUCCUCUUCGUUUGGUGGUGUUGAUCCUGUAUUAAUCAUGUGAUGAUGAUUUUUCAUGAAACUUAAUGGAAAGCACGUGAUAAAUAAUGUUAAAACUGUCGAUGAGGCAUGUUAUGACUAAAAAAGAGUCAUGUAAUCCAGUUAUCAGCC